AUGGCCAUGCAAGCGCGGCACCACUACCACGACGACUUCCUAUUGAGGGUCGGCUCCCUGUUCUUGGACGAGCACACGGGGUGCGUGCCAACGUCGCCGGCAGUGGGGAUCGGGGACACGCCGCUGCUCAGCGACUUCCCGAGCAGCGAGCUUAACUUCGGCCACGUUUUCUUGCCGAGGAAGCGGGCGCGCAUGGCGCCGACCGGGGGUCUCUUGGAGGAGCAACGCGUGGCUCUGCCCCCGUCGGUGGUGAUGCAGGGGCUGCCGCAGCUACCCAUGACAGCCAGGACCGUGAUGGGUUCCGGCGCGGCAGCGUUCAUAAGCGGGAGGGAGAUCGACGCGCUGAUAGGAAUCGAGAGCGAGAGGAUGCGUGCGGCGCUGGAGUCGGCGUGGCGGAGACACGCCCGGGCGAUGGUGUCCGCCGUGGCGCGAACAGCGACGGGGCGGAUGCGCGCGGCGGAGUCCGAGCUGGACCGCGCGCUGCGGCGCAACGCGGAGCUGGAGGAGAAGGCCCGGCAGCUGGGCGCGGAGUGCCAGGCGUGGAUGGGCGCCGCGAGGAGCCACGAGGCCGUGGCCGCCGGCCUCCGCGCCUCUCUCGACCAGCUCCUCCACCAGUCGCCCGCCUGCGCGGCCUGCGAGGGCGAGGGCGAGGUCGAGGACGCGCGGUCAUGCUGCUUCGAGGCUCCGCCGGCCGCGGACCACAGGGUGGCGAAGGCGGCGUGCAAGGCGUGUGGUGGAGGUGAGGCGUGCGUGCUGCUGCUCCCGUGCCGGCACCUGUGCCUGUGCCGCGUGUGCGAGGCUGCCGUGGACGCGUGCCCCGUCUGCGCGGCUGCCAAGAACGCGUCGCUCCUUGUCCUGGUCUCUUUCUGA